AAAGCGCGAGCAGGCCGCUCGUCCUUCUUUUCCUGUAAAAGCGUAGUGAGGUUGCAUCGUACGCUUCCUGACUCACCGCUGUUCGCGUUUAAGCCGUUGCUACGAAUAAGUCGGUCAGGAAAUAAUAACCAUGGCAUUUAAAGACACCGGCAAAGCUCCUGUGGAGGCUGAGGUGGCCAUUCACCGCAUCCGCAUCACCCUGACCAGCCGUAACGUCAAGUCUCUGGAGAAGGUGUGCGCUGAUUUGAUCCGUGGUGCCAAGGAGAAGAGUCUGAAGGUGAAGGGACCUGUGAGGAUGCCCACUAAGACUCUGCGCAUCACAACCCGUAAGACACCUUGUGGUGAAGGUUCCAAGACCUGGGACAGAUUCCAGAUGCGUAUUCAUAAGCGCCUCAUUGACCUGCACAGCCCAUCUGAGAUCGUGAAGCAGAUCACCAGCAUCAGCAUCGAGCCGGGUGUAGAGGUUGAGGUCACCAUUGCAGAUGCUUAAACCCUGUCAGCCACAUACAACUGCUGUGUAAUUGCUGUUUGCGCAAUAAACGUGAAGAAUUUUGGAAA